UAUGCCGGGCCUCGUGCUCCCAACGGCUUUUCUAGGUCUCAACUGCCGGGCUCGCGGGCUCCACGGGAGCUUCAGCCAAUCAGAAGGCGCGCCCAGGACACUCCGCCUCAUCUCCGAUUCUUCCGAAGAAAAGGUCAGCCAGACUACAAGUACCAGAAUCCUCAGCGACGACGACGACCAAGGGGCUACCGUCCUUUCCGGCGUGCGCCGUGGUUCUGACCCGCUCUGGAGUAGGUCGAGGAGCGAGAUGGCUGAUUCCAGUGCUGGCGGAGCUGCGGGAUCAGAGACUGGGAAAGCCCCCGUAGCGCAGCGCAUUGACCCGGCGCGAGACAAACUGAGCCCGGCCCAGCUGCACUUUAUGAGGAGCAGUAGAUGCUAGUAUUAUCCCCAUUUUGCAGAUGAGGAAACUGAGGCAAAUCUAUUUGCCAACAGGUUUGAUUGCCUAAUGUCACACAACCAGUAUCCGAAGAUGAAUUUGAAUUCUUACAGUACUGAAGACCUUCCAGGUCUACCCUAAUUCUUCAGUCCUCAGAUAAAGCUUUCUGCUCUCCAGGAAUACAUGGAGAACAGAUAGCUACAGGCACUGGAUCUUUGGGUUGUAUGGAGUGUAUUGGUAUAAUAAAAUAGGUGAACAAAUCAAAUAUUUAUUGAUAAUAAGUCAUAAUUUUGCUGAUCCACAUAUUCAGUUGAGACCCUAUAUGGGAUCAUGACCCACUAAAUAAGAAGCUGGGAUCUAAUCAGCAUCCAGAGAAACAACUAUGGAGACAGAAUGUGAAUCGAAGCAUAUUAUUUUCACCUCUUUUGUUUGCUUUUUUUUCUGGUUUUUCCCUUUUGUUCAGAUUUUUUUUUCCACAAAAUGACUGCUAUAGAAAUGUUUUAAAUGACUAUACAUGUAUAACAUCAAAUCGCUGUCUUAAGCAGGGGGAAAGAAAUUGGAACUCAAAAUCUUAAAAAAUGAAUAUUGAAAACUAUCUUUACAUGUAAUUGAAAAAAUAAAACACUACUGAAUUCAGGAGGGAAAAACAA